AUGUCUUCGCCCCCAGGCCCUGAGGGCAACGAACAGGAUCAUGCUAGGGAUGUGAAGCAAACAGAACCCGCGUCUGCUCUUGAUGGAAGUGCCACCCGCUUCGAUCCAGUGGGGUACAUCCACCACCACGACGAGCAGCCAGCAGCAACCACCACCACUACCACCACCUCCUCCUCUUCUUCUGUCGCAAACACUACCACGUCUGGCGGUACUGCCGAAUCUGACACUUCCACGGAGACAAAUCGCGACGCCGAGGAGGACGAUUCUGCCGCUGCCGACGACGCCGUGGACGACUCUGAAGAUCUCGAUGAGGAGUCGGCCAACGUCCGGAAGACCUCGAGCUUCUAUCGUCGUCGCCAGAGCAUGAGUGACACGCGGUUGCAGAAGGUGCUGGGGUUCCCCUUCCGCCCACUCGUCCGGCCCUUGACUGUCUCGGACAUUGACAGCUGCGAGGCCCUGGAGAACUCGGCUUUCAGCAAGGAGCAUGCUGCCACGAGGGAGAAGUUUGAAUAUCGAUUGACAACGUGCCCCGAGCUUUGUAUGGGCCUGUUCUGCACAGUGGUACCCAGCAUUGCCGCGGAAAAUGGCUUUGACAUUGAAACUCUCAGGACCGCGAAGCCCGUAGAGACGGGAAGGCCCGACGGCAGCUUGAGCGUGCUCGUGGCACACAUCGUCUCGACGAAAUGCAUCGGAGAUCUCGUGACAGACGAGUCCAUGGAUUAUCCCAAAGACUUCCGGACGAAUAAGACCGGAUCCGGGCCUACCGGCCACCAGCCGCAAGGACACACCGUCGCCCUGCAUUCGCUCGCUGUGCAUCCUAAGCUACACGGCUGCGGGCUAGGGAAGCUCAUUGUCAAAGCGUACCUGCAGCAAAUCAAGGGCGCGCUGUUGGCCGAUCGUGUCUCGCUGAUAUGUCAAGACUACUUGGUGAGAUAUUAUGAGAAGCAUGGCUUCCAGAACAUCGGAAAAAGCCCAACACAGUACGGUGGAGGGGGCUGGUAUGAUAUGACCUUUAUUUUUGGGAAUGGCAAGGGGUUCGGCAAUGGUGGCAGUAGAUGA